AUGCCUCAAGAAUUAACAAACAUCCUGGAUGAGUGGAAGUGCCUGGAGGAAGAGUAUCAAAAACUUCAGGAGACUCACAGAAGCUACUUACAGAAACUGGAUGAAAUUUCCAAACUACAAAAGAGCUGCUCUUCCUCCAUUUCCCAUCAGAGACAAAGACUGAAGGAUAUCUCGCAUCUGGUGAAGAAAUGCAGCCCAGGAACAUCAGAAGAAGCAGCGAAAAACAUGGAUGUGAUAAAAGAUAAAAUGAAGACGAGACCCAAUGCUUACUUUGAAAUGGAAUCUUUUCUUCCCCAAAAAAAUGGGCUGUAUCUGAGUCUGGUCCUUGGAAACGUGAAUGUCACUCUUCUCAGCAAACAGUCAAAAUUUUCCUACAAAGAUGAAUACGAGACGUUCAAGCUGUGCUCCACCGUCAUCCUGCUGCUGUGUUCCUGCAUAUGUUAUUUCUUUAUCAGCUACAGAUUUCUUGAUGCGGUCCUCAACUUCCUGCUGGUGUGGUACUACUGCACAUUGACUAUCAGGGAAAGUGUUCUCAUCACAAACGGCUCCAGAAUAAAAGGCUGGUGGGUUGUUCAUCACUACGUCGCAGCUUUUUUGUCCGGUGUGAUGCUGACAUGGCCGGAUGGGAACCUUUACAAGAUGUUCAGGAACCAGUUCCUUGCCUACUCCCUGUAUCAAAGUUUUGUUCAGUGUCUGCAGUGCUACUAUCAGAGUGGAUGCCUGUACAGAUUACGAGCCCUGGGAGAAAGACACAACAUGGAUCUGACCGUGGAGGGAUUUCAGUCGUGGAUGUGGAAAGGGCUGACGUUUCUUUUGCCUUUCCUCUUUUUUGGUCAUUUCUGGCAGCUCUUCAAUGGCCUCUCCCUCUUCAAAAUGUCUCAGCUCUCAGACUGUAAAGAAUGGCAGGUCUUGAUGUGCGGUCUCUGCUUCCUCGUUCUGUUCAUGGGAAAUUUCUUCACCACUCUCGCAGUGGUCCGACAGAAGCUCAAGAGCAGGAAUCAGAAACAGAAGACCCUGUGAUACAACGUGAUAAA